AUGCUGCUGAUGGAGGCCCGGGGCCUGGCCCCGAUCAUCGCUCUGCUCUCCAUACUUGCCGCUGCCGCUCUCCCCCCCGGCUGUAAGCAGGACGGCCGAUCGCGGGCUCCGGGCAAGGCGGCGGCGGGAGGAGGAGGAGGAUCGGGAGGGGAGGCGGGGAAGGUGAUGUGCAGCAGCCCGGAGAGCGGCCGGAGGUUACCGAUGGGAGUCCUACCGAACCGGACCAACACCCUAAUCUUGAACAGUAAUAAGAUCACAGAACUGAACAAUGGCUCCUUCGAGGGACUGUAUUUUCUAGAACGACUGGACCUUCGAAAUAACUUAAUCAGUUUAAUCGAACCUGGUGCCUUUUCAGGACUUGCGUCUCUUAAACGACUAGAUCUUGCCAAUAACAGGAUUGGAUGCCUCAAUGCUGAUAUAUUUAAGGGACUCCCCAACCUGGUUAGACUUAAUCUUUCUGGGAAUUUAUUUUCCUCUUUGGCACAAGGAACAUUUGCUAACCUGAUUGCCUUAAAGUCAUUAGAGUUUCAGACGGAUUAUCUACUUUGUGACUGUAAUCUUCUGUGGAUGGUUCGAUGGAUGAAAGCCAAAAAUAUUACAGUGCGUGAGACCAAGUGUUCCUACCCCAAAGCUCUUCAAGGACAGCCGAUAGCAGCAUUGAAACCAGAACAGCUGACAUGCGAGUCACCUCUUGAGCUUCCAUCAUUUUUUAUGACGCCAUCACACCGCCAGGUGGUCUUUGAAGGGGACAGUCUGCCAUUCCAGUGCAUGGCUUCCUACGUUGACCAGGACAUGCAGGUUUUAUGGUAUCAGGAUGGGAAGAUUGUGGAAACUGAUGAGUCACAGGGGAUUUAUGUGGAGAAGAAUAUGAUCCACAACUGCUCGUUGAUUGCCAGCGCUCUGACCAUUUCCAAUAUUCAAGCUGGAUCCACGGGGAACUGGGGCUGCCGUGUUCAGAGUCGGCGUGGCAAUAACACAAGGACUGUGGAUAUUGUGGUGCUGGAGAGUUCUGCACAGUACUGCCCUAUGGAGAGAGUUAUCAAUAACAAAGGGGAUUUUAAGUGGCCAAGAACAUUGGCAGGAAUUACUGCAUAUCUACUGUGCACCCGCUAUUCAGCUGGAGGUGGAAUCUAUCCUGGCACCCAACAAGAUGAGAUAAGAGCCUGGCGACGAUGUGACCGAGGGGGCUCCUGGGCAGAGGAGGACUAUUCUAAAUGCCAGUACGCUAAUGACGUCACACGAGUCCUAUUCAUGUUUAAUCAGAUGCCACUAAACCUCACCAAUGCAGUUGCAACAGCUAAGCAGCUUCUGGCCUACACAGUGGAGGCUGCAAACUUCUCUGACAAGAUGGACGUUAUCUUUGUUGCUGAAAUGAUCGAGAAAUUUGGCCGCUUUGCAGAAAAAUACAAGGAGCUUGGAGAUGUUAUGGUGGACAUUGCCAGUAACAUCAUGCUGGCAGAUGAGCAUGUUUUGUGGAUGGCGCAGAAAGAGGCAAAGGCUUGCACCCGCAUAGUGCAGUGUUUACAGCGUAUUGCUACAUAUCGGCUGGCCAAUGGUGCUCAAGUAUACUCCACAUACUCCCCAAACAUCGCUCUAGAGGCCUAUGUUAUAAAGUCUGCUCUCUUCACUGGCAUGACCUGUACCGUCUUUCAGAAACUGGCAGCAUCCGAUCGUGCUGUGUUAGCUGAAAUUGGCAGAAGAGACCCAGAUGGGAACUUGGAUAAACAGCUGAGUUUUAAGUGCAAUGUGUCCAGCACCUUCAGUGUAUCGGCAUUAAAGAACACAGUAGUGGAAGCUUCUAUCCAGCUGCCGGCUGCUUUGUUUGGGUCCAGAGAAAAAAGAGAGAGGAGAGCAGUGGAUGAAUCGGUGUACAAGCUUCAGCUGAUUGCAUUUAGAAAUGGAAAGCUUUUCCCAGCCACUGGAAACUCCACACACCUCGCAGAUGAGGGCAAGAGGCGCUCAGUGGUCACUCCGGUCAUCCUUGCCAAAUUAGGUUUGUAUAGAGCUAUCUAUGCCUCCUCAUCUUAGACACAUUCAUAUUACGUGCAUUAUUGCGCAAUGGAAAGGACCCUGUAGCAUGAAUGGAUUUUAGAUUUACUUAAUGGACAACAUAAGCGGAUGGAAAUCACCAACAGCCUGCCAGAUAUGCAUUGGCAUCAGAUGAGAAUGUAACCACUAUACACCAGUGUGACUUUACACUUGCUUAGCAAAGACAAAACAUGCACAAAGUGUUAAUGGACUUAACAGGGACUGAAUUCUAUGCCCAUCCUGUGUCUCUGCUGCAUCCCGUUGUCUAUGCAUCUGCUGUGGUGUUGCUGCUCUGCUUACUGGUGCUUAUUGUCAGUUAUUUAUACUAUCACAGCGUGAUACGAAUCAGCCUUAAAAGCUGGCACAUGUUGGUAAACCUGGGUCUUCACAUCUUCCUGACCUGUGCAGUGUAUGUUGGUGGCAUCAAUCAGACCAGAAACUCCAGUGUGUGUCAGGCUAUUGGUAUUCUUCUCCAUUACUCCACACUGGCCACAGUGCUCUGGGUAGGAGUCACAGGUCGGAACAUUUAUAAACAGGUCACCAAGAAAGCCAAGCGCUGUCAGGAUCCAGAUGAACUGCCUCCUCCUCCUAGGCCAAUGCUCAGGUUUUAUUUGAUCGGUGGUGGCAUUCCUAUCAUUGUCUGUGGGAUAACAGCAGCGGCCAACAUUAAAAACUAUGGGAGCCAGUCCAAUGCACCAUAUUGUUGGAUGGCUUGGGAACCAAGCCUUGGAGCCUUCUACGGUCCAGCGAGCUUUAUUGUCUUUAUAAAUUGCAUGUACUUCCUCAGCAUAUUCAUUCAACUCAAACGUCACCCUGACCGAGUGUUUGAAUUAAAAGAACAGACAGAGGAACAGCAGCGUCUUGCAGCCAGCGAGAGCGGGGAGGGGGAACAACCCAGAUUCACUCUCUGUGUCUUUAGUAUCCACAUCAGCCUUAGAGAAUGAACAGACAUUCCAAGCUCAACUGCUUGGAGUCAGCCUUACUCUAUUUCUCUAUGUAUCUCUUUGGAUAUUUGGUGCAUUGGCAGUCUCUUUGGAUUACCCAAUGGAUCUGGUCUUCAGCUGUUUUUUCGGGGUCACAUGUCUAAGCCUUGGUGCCUUUUUAGUGGUACACCACUGCAUUAAUAGAGAAGAUUUGA